UUCUCCAAUAAUAGUUUCUUUGAUAAUAGUGUUUGCUAAGAAAAAUGGGUUCCAAGGCUUUCCUUUUGCUAGCUCUUAUGUUGGCCAUUGUUCUUCUCAUCUCUUCGGACGUGGCAGCUAGGGAGUUGGCUGACACUUCCUCUAACCUUAAAAACGCGGAGGUCUCCACAAAGACCAAUGAGGUAGAUGAUGCCAAGUACGGUGGACAUGAAGGAUAUGGUGGAAACGACGGUGGAGGAUAUGGUGGAAACCAGGGUGGCGGAUAUGGAGGAAACCCUGGUCAAGGCGGAUAUGGAGGAAACCCUGGCCAUGGUGGCUAUGGAGGUGGUGGACACGGGGGAGGGCGUUGCUACUAUGGCUGUUGUCGUGAGGGUUACAAUGGAAAUGGCUGCAGAAGGUGCUGCUCUUAUGCUGGUGAAGCUGUCGAUGUUGAAACCGAAGCCAAACCUUAAAACUAACGCAAUAAUUAUCUAAGUUAUGGUGCUUUGAUACUUUUUAAUGUUAUGAAUAAAGCUUCAAGAGGUGUAGAAAUAAAACCAUGACUGAACGUCGACUAUAACCUUCUUGCUCUUGCUCUAUAGUUACACAUGUUCUAUAAAUGAUAUCGUUCCACGAUGUUGUGUGACACAUAA